GAGGGCAGUGCGCUCGAAUCACUCGUGUGCGGAUUUUGGUCGCGCGCAGUCGGCAGUCGACCUACCCCUGCUUCCUCGUCGUCGUUGCUCGCGCCCGCGCGUGUGUGUGUACGCAACGUAAAUAACAAUAUCAUACAUGUAACAGCGGAGCAACGAGACUACUGCCCCGAGUGCCGAUCAUUCAUGGCUGUAAACAAAUAUUGAGUCGUCGUUGAGACUCGCCGCUAUAAGCGUGGAUCAAAGUGCGUGCAAAGUGUGACUCGAUCGCAGGUGAAUCGUAACGUCGUGUGUUUGUUCCACAAAAGGAGUUGAUAAAUAAAAAGCGAAAAAAAAGGAUGGCACCCACGUCGUCGAGCUCCGGGGCCGGUGGCGUGGCCAACGCCGCUGGACCAGUGGCCACGGGCCUCAACAUCUCGCGCGACCUCGACCAGAACAUCGUCACGCUGCUGGGCAAACUGACCCAGCUGCGCGAGAACUCGCAGUCGCAGCAGCGACGUCGCCGGGACGAGCCCCACCAGCUGGACCGCAAGCAGCCCAUGGCCUCGGAGGCGCGCAGCAUGGAGCUCUGGCGGGCCGUGGCCGUCGAGUGCUUCGCCACCUUCCUCUUCGUCUUUGUCGUCGCCGGGGCUGGCGUGUCCAUGGGCCAGAGCAGUUUCGGCCUCAACGUGCUCGCCACGGGCCUCAGCGCCGGCUUCGCCAUUGCCGCGGUACAGAUGGUCUUCGGCCCUGUCAGUGGUGGCCAUGUGAAUCCAGCCGUGUCGGUGUCGUUCGCCCUCUCCAGAAUGGUAUCGCCUUUGCGCGCAGGCCUCUACAUCGCAGCCCAAUGCGGCGGAGGCAUCGCCGGAGCCGCUAUGAUUUACGGCGUGACACGAGAAACACAGUGGAUAAACAUAAAGGGAGGAAAGAUAGAAGAGAAGGCGCUGAUCAAACUAUUGAUCGAGAUGACCCUGUCGAUAUUUCUGAUCCUGGGACAUUACGCGAGCGAAUCUCCGCGCGCUCUUCCCUCGACGAUUUCCGGCAAACCUGCAGCUGUCCUAGCGUCAACCUACGCCGCUUGUUACUUUGUGGCGAAUCCCUUCCUGAAUCCGGCCAGGGCCCUCGGUCCAUCGUUCGUGCUGAACAAGUGGGAGAAUCACUGGGUCUACUGGCUCGGGCCGAUAGUCGGCAGCGCGAUCGCCGCCCUGCUCAACGAGUACGUGCUGAGCAAUCAUCGUCGCCGGCGCGAGGUGCGCGACAUGGACGACGGCGAGAACUCGUCGAUGCGCUCGGACGACGAGACCUACGACGACCUCGACAAGAACGGCGCGCCCAAGUUCUCCGGCGGCUACGCGACCUAUCGGCCGGUCAACGGGGCCGCCAGCAUCUAUGCGCCCCACCCCAACGCCCUGGACCGCGUCGAGUCGAUCUACGGCGGCACCAAGAGCCUCUACUGCAAGUCGCCGCCCUUGACCCGGGCCAAUCUCAACAGGUCCCAGAGCGUCUACGCCAAGUCGACCAGCGGCACGCGCGACGGCCUGGUCAUACCGAAGCCGGGCCCCUUGGUGCCGGCCCAGAGCCUCUACCCCAUCCGACUGAACUCGCUGAACGCGCCUGCCAGCAUGAGGGACACGAGCUCGCCCCAGGCCAGCAGCUCGUCCCAGCAGCCGCCCGUCCAGCAGAACCACAACAGCACCAAUCAGAACAUGCAGAAUCAGCUGCAGCAGUGCAAUCAGAACAUUUACGGCAUUCGCGGCGUCUCGGGUAACAUAAGCAAUCGCGACAACAUCUACGGUCACUUGGGAACUCGUGAGAACGGCAACGUGUCCUCGUCGGGAUCUUCCGGUAUCUACGGCCGAGCCCCGGUACCGCCUCCCACCAAUCACAUGAUUCUCGGCUGGAAACCCGAUUUAACGCCCCAGCAGCAAGCUCAAUUGCAGCAACAGCAACAGCAGCAACAACAGCAGCAGCAACAACAACAGCAGCAACAGCAGCAGCAGCAACAACAACAGCAGCAGCAACAGCAACAGCCCCAGCAGUCGGUUCAGCAGCCAAUUCCAAUUCAUCAGACGCCUCCGACCAGGGAGACGGGCCAGGUAUCUCGAGACAGCUCGAGCCAGAGGCAAACAGGCCCGGACAUGAGAGAGAACAUCUACGGCACUCACGCCAGGAGAGGCGACGAUUCGGCCUACGGCACUUAUCAAAGUUCAUCGAGGGGAAUCUACGGAAAAACUACGGGUGGGCCCCAGAACCCGCCACCGCCCCCGCCUCACGCUUAUCAAGCGCGAACCAAUCAGAGCUCAAGUAUGCAAAUAAACAGUGUGCAGCAGCAGGUGAAUUACACGAGGCAUUCCCCGAAUCCCCCGCAGUACUGAUAAUGAUAGAAAGACUGAAACUUGGACGAUGUUCAGGUGCUAAAUUGUACUUACACGUUGCAUCUCUGUCGUCGUUCGCACACUUCUCUGAUCGAUAGUUUCGAAGAAAUUGUUCAAAGCAAGCGUUGUUACUUAUACAUAAAUAUUUAUAUAUUUUUUUCCGUGGAUUUUCCCCGUGUAAAAGCCUAUUGGCUGAAUGACAUUCAUGACGUUGUCCAAUCACACGUGCUAUGGUGCGGUAUAAUACAAGCGAGUCAAUAAGAUAUAAAUUGUGUCCAAAUUAUCGUUGAUUUUUUUUCUAGAUAAAUUACGCUACUUUUAGAGCUGCGACUGUUACAAUUAACAAAUUUGUAAUCAUACUUGAUGUUACUACAUUUUUUAAUUCAAAUAACAUAUAAACUUAUUAUUUUUUUUUACUUUGACUUGCUCAUAAUCUUACGAUCAAUGUUGCAAGGAUGCUGACGUUAAAAAUGUUAUUGUAAGUAGAUUCCAUUGUGUCAAAAAUUUUCGAUCAUCAUUUUAUAAUAUUUAUUGUUU